UUGGGUUUUUCUCUCGGCGUCCGGCUCCUAUCUCCCCGGCUUCUCGGGGGUGAGUGGCGCCGUGGGCCCCGCCCGCCUCGCGGCCCCGGCGGCCCUCUCUCGCCUCCAGCCCGCACCGCCUUUCAAGCGAGGCCAGGGGCCGAGGCAGUGACCAGCUGGGAUCCGGCCCUCGCCUCCUCCGCCGUGGCGCUAGGGCUCCCCGGCCUCUCGUCCUCAGGGCGGGCGGAGAAGCGAAAGCGGAUCGUCCUCGGCUGGAGCCGCCUCCUCCUGGACCCGCGCGCCCCUCCCGGGGCACCCACCCACCCACCUCGUCCCGCCGGAACGCGGCAGCCGCGCGGCUUAACCCGCCAGGAUGUUCGCAGCCGGGCUGACUCCUUUCUACGCCUCCAACUUUAGCCUCUGGUCGGCCGCUUACUGCUCCCCGGCCGGCCCAGGCGGCUGUUCCUUUCCCUUGGACCCCGCCGCCAAGAAGCCCUCCUUCUGCAUCGCAGACAUCCUGCAUGCCGGCGUGGGGGACCCAGGGGCGGCUCCGGAGGGCCUGGUGGGGGUCUCCGCCGCCGCCCUCACAGCGCACUUGGGCUCGGUACACCCGCACACCUCUUUCCAAGCUGCCGCCAGAUCCCCCCUUCGACCCACCCCAGUGGUGGCGCCCUCCGAAGUCCCGGCUGGCUUCCCGCAGCGGCUGUCUCCGCUCUCAGCCGCCUACCACCACCAUCACCCACAGCAACAGCAGCAGCAACCGUCGCAGCCGCAACAGCCGCCGCAGCAACAGCCCCCGCCUCAACCCCGGGCCGGUGUCCUGCAGCCCCCGACCUCGGGCACGCGAGGGGUCCCGAACUCCCACCAUAGCGGCUCUGUCCCGGCCCCCUCAAGUAAAGACCUCAAAUUUGGAAUAGACCGCAUUUUAUCUGCAGAAUUUGAUCCAAAAGUCAAGGAAGGCAACACGCUGAGAGAUCUCACGUCUCUGCUCACCAGCGGACGCCCCGCGGGAGUGCACCUCCCUGGCCUGCAGCCCUCCGCCGGCCAGUUCUUCGCGUCUCUAGAUCCCAUUAACGAGGCUUCUGCCAUCCUGAGUCCGUUAAGCUCGAACCCAAGAAAUUCAGUCCAGCAUCAAUUCCAAGACACGUUUCCAGGUCCUUACGCGGUGCUCACAAAGGACACCAUGCCGCAGACGUACAAGAGGAAGCGCUCGUGGUCGCGCGCUGUCUUCUCCAACCUACAAAGGAAAGGCCUGGAGAAGAGGUUUGAGAUUCAGAAGUACGUGACGAAGCCAGACCGAAAGCAGCUGGCGGCUAUGCUGGGCCUCACGGACGCACAGGUGAAGGUGUGGUUCCAGAACCGGCGGAUGAAGUGGAGGCACUCCAAGGAGGCCCAGGCCCAGAAGGACAAGGACAAGGAAGCCAGUGAGAAGUCAUCAGGCGGAGCCCCGGUUGCAGAGGAAGAACAGGACGAGAGGAGCCCUAGCCGCUCCGAAGGCGAGGCUGAGAGUGAGAGCAGCGACUCCGAGUCCCUGGACCUGGCCCCCAGCGACACAGAGAGGACUGAGGGGGCUGAGCGCUCUUUGCACCAAACAACAGUUAUUAAAGCCUCGGUCACAGGCGCCCUCAUCACCACCAGCAGCAGUGGGACUGGUGGGAGCAGCAGCGGAAGCAGCAGUUUUAGCUUCAGCAGCUCUAGCAGCCUUAGUAGCAGCAGCACCAGCGCGGGGAGCACCAGUAGCCUUGGCAGUGGCGGCGGCGGCGGCGGCGGAGGCUGCCCCUCGGAGCUGCUCCCAGCUCCCCAGCCCACAGUCAGCAUCGAAAGUCCCGAGCCCAUCCAAGGCCCUCCUGGCGGCUUAUAGACUGAACUAGGGCAGAGAGGACUCAGGGCCCUGCGUGCAUCCUCCCAGCCGUGGUCUGGAUUGUGUGCUUACUCUAUUUUGGCGACUGGGUGAGGGCAGGAGAUGCAGUGCAGAGCGUCCCUCCCGACGUUUACGCUGCGCCCCUUGCUAGCCCGGCUGGCUGCAGCCCACGUUGCCCAGAGUCUCGAUAUACCCCUCGCCAGCCGGACACAAGCAGCUUCGUACUGUUAAGUGUUUGACUAAACUGUUCCUGCGACCUGCAGCAGAGGUCCUGGUGCAAAGACGUGCUGCACUUAGGAAGCCUUACACUUGUAAAUAAAAUGUUUCCUACGGUUUGUAAAA